AUGUAUUCUACUAUAAGUACAUAUCUUCUUCAUUCAUUUCUUUUACUUUCGAAUUAUUCAUCGCUCGAAUCAGAUAGCGUUUGUUCGGGUUCUCAUUGGUUCACAUACCAGCUCCAAUGUAAUAAUACUGUACUCGUUGACAUACUCGUCGAAACAUAUAUAUUUGAAUCAUCAACAAUGUCUUUAACAUUAGUUGAACGUACUUGGAGAGAGAUACGCGAUCGUAUAUUUCGACGAUAUCUCGGAAGAUUGAUCAAAAGAUUAUUUGGACUUUACAUAUCUUUGUUAUUUGUAUAUAUUCCAUCGUUGGUUUAUUAUGCUGUAACAUUAGGAAAACCAAAUGAAACAUAUCAGAAGCAAAAACGACUUCGAGCAAAACAAGUCGAUGAAUCAGACCCGUCAUCACCUUAUCGUGCUAUCGAAUCGCUCGAAAAACUUCAUGAACAGCCGGAGGAAGGAAUCGAAACAUUAGCUGACAUUCCCUACGUCUGUCUUGAACGUUACGGAGACAAAGAAACGAUGGGUGUUCGAGAUAUCACGAAUAUCGAAGAAGAAAAACAGCCAAAUGGAAAAAUAUUCAAAAAAUUUGCAUUCGGUGAAUAUCGAUUUACAACUUAUCGACAAGCAUGUGCUCGUAUCGAUGCCAUCGGCCGUGGUCUACUUGCAUUAAACAUCAAACCUGGUGAUAAAAUCUUGAUCUUUUCCGAAACACGUCCUGAAUGGCUGUUGACUGCAUUUGCUGCUUUUCGACAUAGUCUAACUGUAGUUACGCUCUUACCAACAUUGGAUGAUGAAGGUGUUAAACACGGUAUCAACGAAUCGGGAAUAUCCACGAUUAUAACAUCGCAGGAUCUUCUAUCCAAACUUCAAAAAAUACUGAACGACACAGAAAAAGUUCGUCAGGUCAUUUAUUUUCCUGCACGUACUACCAGUGAACGUUCCAAAGCACCAAAGGAGGUGAAGAACAUCGAGUUUAUUUCCAUCGAAAAACUCGAAGAACAAGGAAAAAACGCAACCAUCGAUGAACAAACUUUGAGAAAACGACCAAAGAGAGAAGAUAUUGCCGUUAUCAUGUAUACCAGUGGCAGCACUGGACCACCCAAAGGGGCAUCCAUUCGUCAUGAAAAUGUCAUUGCUGCCAUAACUGGUCAGAAAGAACGUGUUUUUCCCAUAGUAAACAUUGACGAGGACAUUUUUAUGGCUUAUCUACCGUUGGGUCACAUAUUUGAACUUUGUUGUGAGAUCUUGGUAUUCUAUGCUGGUGUCAAAUCUGGUUAUGGAUCUCCUCAAACUCUAACCGAUCAAUCGACCAUGGUGCAAAAAGGUCAAAAAGGUGAUCUACAAGCUCUUCGACCGUAUAUAAUGAACUGUGUUCCUACAAUUCUCGAACGUAUUCAACAAACAGUCUAUAGUAAAAUCAAACAAUCAAAUUUUUUCCUACGACAAUUCUUUAAUCUUGCAUAUACAAUCAAAGUAAAACGCUUAGAAGCAGGUCUACAAACUCCAAUUCUUGACUAUUUGAUCUUCUCACGUUUCAAUAAAAUGGUACUUGGCGGACGUACAAAAGCAGUGCUAUCCGGUGGUGCUAUUCUAUCUGAUGAAACCCAACGCUUUGCUGAGUGUGUUCUAUGCGUUCGUGUUUUUCAAGGUUACGGUCUAACAGAGACAUGUGCAGGUGGAUGUAUCGCUGACGAAUAUGAUGUUAGUGUUGGUCGUACGGGAUAUCCCAUUGUCUCCAGUGAAUUUCGGUUAAUUGAUUGGGAAGAAGGAAAAUAUCGAACGAGCGAUAAGCCCAAUCCACGAGGAGAAGUGCUUAUUGGUGGAAAAGUCGUUGUCGAUUCGUAUUUUGGUGAUGCGGCCAAGGAAAAUGACAGUUUCAAGGAAAUCGAUGGAAUGAAGUAUUUCUUUACUGGUGAUAUUGGAGAAGUUUUUCCUGAUGGAACAUUGAAAAUCAUUGAUCGAAAGAAAGAUGUGGUGAAAUUACAAAACGGAGAAUUUGUUUCGUUAGCAAAGAUUGAAAUGGCGGUCAAGAAAUUAUUACUUGUCGAUAAUUGUUGUGCAUGUGCAUCAUCGUCAGCUGAGUAUACGGUUGCUCUAGUUUGUCCAAAUCCGAAAGAAAUUGCGAUUUAUGCCGAAAAGCACUUCAAUGAAAAAGAUUGGAAGAAGAUUGCCGAUGAUGAGGAUUUCAACGACGAAAUUCUGCGAAAAGUACAAGAUAUAUGCCGAAAAGACGGAUGUCAAAGUUUUGAGAUACCGAAACGUAUCAAAGUUGUCCAAGAAAAUUGGUCACCUGAAAGCGGUUUGGUAAACGAUGCGCUCAAGUUGAAACGAAAAGCAAUUGGAGAAAAAUAUAAAGACGACAUUAAACAAAUGUAUAGAGAGAAAUCCGGUGAGAGAAAGAAAUCGAGAAAUGAUGACAAUAAGAAACAGGAUUAG